UGCUGCAGACUGAGAAAGCCGCAGAGCUGCCUUGGCCCGGAGCUGGGAGACGUCAUGGAUUCCUGAGUGUGAAGUUUGCAGGAAAGCCCUCAGUUUGGGAGAUGGAGGCGAUCCAGGGGUUUCCAUGGCACUGGGAUAAACAGGAGGAAACAGUGAGGGAAUCCCGUUAUUUUACAGCAUUCAAAGACUAUAAACACUCAGAGCAGGGAAGGAAGUGGCCUUUCCCUCUCUAGUAACCCUCAUCUCAGAGCAGAGAACUGACUUCACUUCAGGAACAAGCUCAGCCCAGUUCGGAUCCCUCUUUGCACCUCCAAACACUUACGGAGGAGGCGAGCAAGAGGGGUUCCCUCUGUCCGGGCGGCACUGGUUGAACAUGGUUUAAAGAAGAUUUUUUUUUUCUUCUUCUUCUUUUUUUUUUGUUUAUUUUUCCUUUUUUUUUUCUGCUAUUGAUUUUUUUUUUUUUUAAAUUCCUGAUGCAGAGAGAAACUGCCUGCAGGCUGGUACAUUACCACCACAUCAUGAGGUCUAUGGAUCAAGAAGAACCGACUCCACAUAAAACCAACAGCCCACCCUCUGGAGUUACAUACGCUCAUGAUGUCUUGGACUGUGGCCUCAAGCCAUGCCCCCUGCCUUUUUCUAGCCUUUCUGCAGAUCCCAUGGGCAGAUAUGGACAGCCAGAUAGCAUAGGGACAACACCUACACACCCUGCCAACGCUGCAGGGGCCUCUGCUCCGAGCCCUAGGAUUGAAAUUACUCCAUAUAAUGAACUGAUUCAUUCAGGGGGUCCCUUCCGCAGCAGAGACACAGAUGUUCUUUUGGUAGAACAUCAGUCAAACUCAGCUACCACUAGCCCAAGGGUUACCCUGCCUGUCCCUGGCUUUGAGGGCUACAGAGAACCACUGUGUCUGAGCCCAGCUAGUAGCGGCUCCUCUGCAAGUUUCAUUUCAGAGACAAAUGUAUCUCCUUGCACAUCACCAUGUGUUUCACCAAAUAAUGGUCCUAGUGAUGACCUUUGUCCACAGUUUCAAAACAUCCAUACUCAUUAUUCUCCUAGAACCUCUCCAAUAAUGUCACCACGAACAAGCAUCACGGAGGAAACCUGCUUGGGACGACAUUCACCAUCACCCUGUCCCAACUCAAGGUCUUCAUCACCAGGUGCAAAACGGAGGUACUCUUGCACUGAGCUCUACAGUAGUCAGCUGCCUUCCACUUCUCCACGACAGUCAAGGACCCCCUCUCCACAAUCCUCACCUCGCAUCCCCUUGAGAGAAGACAACUCUUCAGUUACUUACACGCAGUUGCCCAGCGCUUCUCUUUCCAUGGAUGCUAUGAACAGCCUUCCUACGGAUCCUUCCUGUGGUGUUCCCACGAAAAUUUGGAAAACCAGCCCUGAUCCUUCAUCAAUGCCUUCCCACAAAAACAGCAUUCCGUGUCACGUCUUUCAGACUGUUGACUUCCACGGGCCUUGCGAGCAGGAGGACAGGAGAAACUCAGCCCCAGAAUCAAUUUUGUUGGUACCUCCAUCCUGGACAAAGCAGCUGGUGCCUGCAAUACCUAUCUGCAGUUUGCCUGUCCAGUCGCUGCCGCCCCUCGAGUGGCCGCUCUCCAGCCAGUCUGGCUCCUACGAGCUGCGGAUCGAGGUUCAGCCGAAGCCCCACCACCGGGCACACUACGAGACGGAGGGAAGCCGAGGGGCCGUCAAGGCGCCGACCGGAGGCCACCCUGUCGUCCAGCUUCACGGUUACAUGGAGAACAAACCCUUGGGUCUUCAGAUCUUCAUUGGGACAGCAGACGAACGGAUACUUAAACCUCACGCUUUCUAUCAAGUCCAUCGCAUUACGGGAAAAACCGUCACCACCACCAGCUAUGAAAAAAUCAUUGGCAACACCAAAGUUUUAGAGAUCCCACUGGAACCCAAAAACAACAUGAAAGCAACCAUUGACUGUGCGGGGAUUUUGAAGCUGAGGAACGCAGACAUCGAGCUGCGCAAGGGAGAGACGGACAUUGGCAGGAAGAACACCCGCGUCCGGCUCGUCUUCCGCGUGCACAUCCCUGAGUCCAAUGGCAGGAUCGUUUCUCUGCAAGCAGCAUCAAACCCCAUCGAAUGCUCCCAAAGAUCUGCUCAUGAACUUCCAAUGGUUGAAAGACAAGAUAUUGAUAGCUGCCUCGUUUACGGAGGACAACAGAUGAUCCUCACUGGACAAAAUUUCACGGCAGAGUCCAAGGUGGUGUUCACAGAGAAAACGUCAGAUGGGCAGCAGAUCUGGGAAAUGGAGGCAACAGUGGACAAAGAUAAGAGCCAGCCUAGCAUGCUUUUUGUAGAAAUACCAGAGUACCGUAACAAGCACAUUCGCACAGCUGUGAAGGUGAAUUUCUACGUCAUCAAUGGGAAAAGAAAAAGAAGCCAGCCCCAGCAUUUCACCUAUCACCCAGUACCAUCAAUCAAAACAGAGCCCAUUGAUGACUAUGAUCCAGCCUUAAUCUGCAAUACAGUACACAGUGGUCUGGGAACAGUAACACAGCCUUACUAUUCACAGCAUACAAUGGUCACCGAAUCCCCUUCCUGUCUUGUGGCCACUAUGGCUCCUUGCCAGCAGUUGCGCUCAGGCCUUUCUUCUCCUGAUUCUCGAUACCAUCAGCAGAAUCCGGCAGCUGUAAUAUACCAAAGAAGCAAGAGCCUUAGCCCGAGCCAGCUGGGCUACCAGCAAUCCAAUUUGAUGGCUACACCGGUCGCUAUUUCAGAUGCCCAUAGGUCAGUGCUGGUGCACGCUGGUUCUCCAGGCCAAAGUUCAGCGGUGCUCCAUCACUCCCCAGGCAACCAGCAGUCUUCUCCAGUGAUUCACUAUUCUCCAACCAACCAGCAGCUGAGGUGUGGAAGUCACCAAGAAUUUCAGCACAUCAUGUGCUGUGAAAAUUUUACAUCCAAUGUCGCAAGAUCCAGCCAGCCCCAGGUCAGUCAAGCACAAAGGUUAAGUCCGAGUUCAUACCCUACCGUGAUUCAGCAGCAGACAGCCUCGGGCCAGCGAGCAGCAAAAAAUGGACCACCGGUUAGCGACCAGAAAGAAGUGUUACCAGCUGGAGUCACUAUUAAACAGGAACAGAACCUGGACCAAGCAUAUCUGGAUGACGUUAACGAAAUUAUCAGGAAGGAAUUUUCUGGACUCCCUGCCAGAAAUCAGACAUAGAAGAAGAGAUUUGUGAGACAACUUUUACCAAAUCCUUCCAUAACUGACCUCUUAGAUCCUUCCAAUGCCCCUGCAACCUCCUGCUUCCUUAACUGUUCAUCUCAAGGCACCAAUUCAAUGCAAGGAACAAUGUAUUGGCAUCAAGCUGACAGCCUUGACUAAGCAACUCGCCACCUCUCUCUGUAAACACCGAGAAGGACACCCUUCCUUUCGUCCGAAGAUCGUAUUGUUCUCAUCUAACACAGCAUCUGUCUGAGGAAACUCUUCAAGCCUGCUGCAGAGUAUCUAUCCACGUAUCGAUCUAUCUUAGUAAUAAGGGAGAAGUGAGAUGUCACUCCUGGACACCGCACAAAGCAAGGGAGGUUAUAUAUUAGUGCUUACUUGGGUGGGGUGGGAACCGGGGAAGAAAGAGUAAUAUAUUCCAUACCAGAAUAACGACAUUUUGCAGUUCACUAACAGUGACUUGCCCUCCAGCCCUUCUGAGAAAUUGUAUUGUUGUGGGAAACUGAGGCAACCCAAGCUUGCUCGGCCUUUAUCCGACCUGGGAUCAAAAGCCAUUUUUUCUGACUCUGAGCACUGUGAUCAGUAUUUCAAACAGUAGACGUCAGCUGAAUCCAGGAGUUUUCUUCAUUUUUCUUGUCAGACUGGAUAGGAAUUUGAAGGAGAAGGAUGCUCACAGAGAACCAGUGAAAAGAGCGAUUCAGCAGUUGUUACACCUGUCCCAAGGUAAAAUAAACCCAGAUAAAACAGAGAUUAAUAUAUAGGAGUCACAGCAAAUCCAAAGAUUUUAUGAUUCAUCCUUAUUAAUAUUUAGUCAGUGUAUGAACACAUCUUAGGUAUUUUCUCUCUAAUAAAUUGUUGCUGUUUUUUUUCAUAUAGAACCUGCCAUUGGCUCAUAACUUAUCUCAUUUAGCAGCUGUAACAUUUAACCACACAAGCUGCAGAGGAAAAUAAUUGCAUCUUACAGAAACCGUACGUUCCAGAAAAAGUAUACACUUACUUAUACUCACCUUGUCUCUUUAGCUUUGCAAAGCUACCAGCAAAUUCUGGAAAGGUUAAAUUUCCACCUCAGUUAGAAUGUUUGUUAUGUUUUGCUUCAUGUGUUAGAAUAUACUGUACUGACACAGGCUUAUCACGACGAGAUAACCGCUGCCAUCUGCAGUUGUACCGCUAGCAAGUUUAUAACGUUUUCGUAUGUCAUUGCUACCCAGUGUGGUAAAAAGGCAUCGUGAGCGGAUAAUCGAUGUACAGUAAAGAUAGCCAUAAUAUUGUAGGAACUACGUAGUAAUCUCUUCUGGUUUUGUAAAGGAGGAAUAUUUUUGAGAGUGCAGAGCCUGAGCUCUAUUCUAGAAAACACAGCGAGUCUAUCCUUUUCUCAGCUGUUUCACAGCAAACCUUGCUGAAUACCAACGUGUCCACACGCUCACAGCAGGAAUUAGGUCAUACGGAUACAGCAGGCCAGCAGAGCAGCUGCAUAAUCGGUUCCCCAAUAUUGCAAGAAAGAUCCCAAACUGGCAUUAAUAACACAGCCUGGGGAGUUUGCUUCUUUUUCCCCUGGAAGUACUGCCAGCGCGCACCGGCAGCGCUCGCGUACGACGGCGAGUGGCAGCAGGCGUCAGUCUCCUGGUGAGACCCAGAUCCCCUGUCCCCAAAGGAGUCCCGUGUCCCACUGCAGCAGCACCGCAAAGUCGCUGGCUGAGGAUGGCUCACGCUGGUGCUCAGAUUGCGAGCUCCGCGUGUUGCGUCAGUACGAAUGCCGAGAGAGCCAAGCCUCAGCCUGUGCCUGCAGAGGGGAAAAUGGCCUUUUUAUUACUGACUUUUACAGAAACAAAACUGAGGCUUGGACUAGCUGCGAUGACCUCUGUGCAGGGAAUUACUGAUCGUGAAACAGCACUUGUACAGUACUUCGACUGGCUCACAUGCCUCAAAUAAGCUAUUCUGGAUUCUUUUAAAACUGCCGGUUUGCCAGGAUCUGACAUAUACUGUGGAUUUUUAAUGCAGUCCGAUGUUUUGGACAAUUUUGAAAAAUUCCUCAGGCCAAAAGUUGCCUGUCGGAAGGUGUUUGCUGCAGCCGAGUGAACGAACAGACCAAACGUGUCUCCUGGUUUCGCAGAAUUCACGCUUGGAAGUACCAAAACUGACCAUCUAUUUUCCCUCAUCCAACCUGUAAAGCGUAGGAGAAAUUUAAAAACCAAACCAAAACCCCCUACACAAAAACCCAGAAAUCCUCAAAUAACUGACAGAAACUUUUCUCUUGCUGGAUUUUAAAUAGAAUAUCGAAGAAGAACAUGAACUUCUUUUCAAAUCUGUAGGCGCACUGACGUAGUCUAAAAGCAUUGCUCCUAUUUGGUGACUGUCACAGCAAGUGCUUCUCAGCAGUGCCCCGCACGGACAUGAAGUCAGAUCUCGAAGUCAGGUAACCGCACACCAAACCCACUAGCGACUGCCACGAGCCAUCGCAGUGUGCAUCUUCAUGGUGCGGACGGAUUUGGAUUUUUAUCUGUUUUAUUUUUGGCCACUGUUCCCCGUGCGUUUAAGCAUCUUUCUCCCCUUUUUACUAUAAGGAAUAAAUGUGUAUAGCAGACGAGAAGAAUGUGGACUUGUAGCAAAGGCUUUUCAGCGCUCACAGGGGCCCGGGCAGGCAAACCCCUGAGCCGCUGCGACGCUCCAUCGGAGCUACGUUGCAGGAUGCACCCACGAAACACGCUCUUUACCUGAAGGUUAAGAUUUCCGCAGCGCUCACGUGUUCCUUCAGGCACUUGAGAGGGGGAGAGGAUUUUUUCUUUAAUGCGCUACAAGUGCUUUACUCCUGCUUGCAUUAGCUGUAUUUCUUCCUCAUUUUUAAUGCAUAGAUAUUAACCUGUACGUGUGUUUGCGUAGGUCCGUAUACAUGUCUAUUUAUAUAAUAUAACCAUAUAUACAUAUAUAUGUGGCUAUAUUAUAUACAUAUGAUGAUACAUGAACACACACACACUCCUCUGUUACAAACUUGGGUCACAAUCCUGUAGUUGGCUCCCGGCAGCCAGACCUCCGCCGGCACGGGAAGCCAGCUACUGGAUCCAGGGUUCACGAGGCGCAUGUAAUAUAGACUACAUUUUAGUGGUUUUAUUUACAGCUACAUGAGGUCAGGCUGUGCUACUCUAUCCACUUUUACACGCAACUGUUAGUUAAAUACUACAGCUUUAGCCAACUUUAUAUUUAUUUCCAGAGAAAAGGAGUAUCCUCAGACAUAGCGUUACGCAUUGAUGUCUCUUUUUAUAAAGAAAACUGAUAUGUUAAAAUUAUAUAGCUAGGCUGAAGAACUUCAAAAUAUACAGUACUAAAUUAUUUGCUGUUCUUGCUGAGCAGUGUUUUUCCAGUAUUUCAUAACUUAAUACAACUCGCUCUCUUUCUGUAGAAGCACUAGUUGAACCUUGGAAGAGUUAAUACCAUUUUGUGAGUAAUUUGUUCUCACUUUAUCUGGAAAAUAGCCAUAUUUGCACAUGAGGAAAUUCUGUCUUUCCUCAGUUAUCUGAAUGUUUCACCGCAGUGCCUUCCUGCCAUUGUACCAAAGGCCUCCAAAUAUAUCGUCUACAGGGUGAACAACUCUAAUGCAUUUUCCAUCAAAGUUACACCAUGCAAAGUACAUAGGGCUUAUUGGAACUCAGAGUUCAUCUUUUCAUUUGUGUGUGUGCGCGCUUUUUUUUUUUUACUUCCAUUUUUCCAUCCAAGCUUUGGCUGCAAAUACAGGAUGAGCUUCGAUAAACUUCUGCAUCAAAUAUAUGAAUACGUAGAAUAAAAUCAUCUUUCAUGAUAUGUAAACAGUCUGAGAGUGGAAUGGGAGUGGACAGAUAUCAGGAAGAAUUUUUUUGUCAGUUGUGAGUGUUGGAAGUACAGUUUGCCAGGAAAGUAAUUGCUCGUGAAGAUACUUGCAAUGAAAUAUGAAGUCCCGUUUUUGUUUUUCUCCAUGAGAAUGAGCAAAAUGUAAGACCUGAACAGCAGCGACGGAAUGAAAGUGUCUAAUGUAUGUGUUUUUACUGGUAGAAAGAAUGUAGAAGAGCCAUGGGUUUUGCACUUGCUUUAUUUGUAUCCAUGUAAAUAUGUAUCACUUCCAUUCUUCUUGUAGGGAUACAGCCUCUUCUGAAUGUAGAAUAUUUCCAAAACCAGCACUAUGUUAUUCUCUAUUGUAUAAAAUGCUGCUGCUUAAUAACAUAUCUAAAACAGUUCUCAAAAUAGCUAGCAUGUUUUUAAAGUAUAUUUUGUAAUCCAUAUCUUUACAAAAAAGCGUCUGUGCUUUUUGUCUGACCAAAUAUGCAACACCUUUUGGAUUAAGGAUAGUAUUUAUAAAGGAUCAAUUUUCAUUUCCUGAGUGUAUUAGUUUUCUAUGCAAUUGUUGUUGAAUUGUUAUUGUCCUAAAAAAGAUGUAUUUGAUAAAUUUUCCAAAGACUUCAAAGACAGCUUUAAACACUUCAGAAAUGUGCUAAAUAUUUCAAUCUGACUUUUUCCCCUGCAUUUCUUUCCAAAUUGCUACUUAAUAGGGAACGAUUAUGUGCCAGAUGGGAUUCAAGGAAAUGACUCUCUUAAUUUCAAAUCUUAAAUUGAUUCAGAUCUUCAUAAAUUUUGCACCACUUAAAAAUCAUCCGAUGUUCCAGUUUAUCUGCAAUUCUGAAUGUUUGUUAUUUACAUUAUGUGUUCCUGUGCAACGGGAAGAGACGCCAGUGUUGGGUUUAGACUGAGUAAAGUGCAAAUUCUCCAGAAAUGACCUGUUUUCCCCAUCGUUUACAUUGCAGUGAUUUCUUACCUGUAAAUGUAAGGCAUCUGUCUGCCAUCACACGUGGAAAGUUGUAAUUCUUUAUUCAUCUCAGUUCAGAAUGAAUAAUCCACCUUUUUGAAUGUUUGACAUAAGAUUGACAUCUGUCUUUUUUAAUGUCUGCUACUUCAUAACUGCAGCGAGUGUUUACCUACCAGCAAUUUGUUUAACUACCAGUCAGUAUCUCGUCUACUGUGGUCUGUUUAAGAUUUGUUUAGCCAUUUUCAUUGUUCCUGGGGUACAAAAAAAAUAAAGAAAUUGGUACCUGACCCACAUUGCAAUAAAUUUCAAGUGAAGGUGCUGGUACUGAAAAAGAUCAUAUAGGCUGCAAACGAGCGGUUAUCUGGGGAAAAGUUAGUAUUUUUCAGUUUCUUUUCAGUAACUCAUAAAACAGCAAAAUUGGGUAGAAAGUUUUAGAAUGACUGAGUCACAAAAAUGAAUAAAGAUUUAUGUGUUUGCAAUAGCCCAGAAAUCCCCAGAUGUGUUGUUGGAAUCACCAGGUAUUCCAGAAUUAAACUGCCAUCAUGUCACGGAUGCUGGUCAGUACCUUCCUGCACACGUAGUGUGCUGAGACCUGGGAAUGGAGAAUCAAGGUACAGCUCGGGCUUAAUAAUGGUGGCCUAAUUGGGACCUAGAGAUUUGUGCGCGCGCGUGUGAGUGUGUAAUUACAAAGUGACACCCCCCCACCCCCCCCGCCCCGAAGUCCAAGCCUCCUUGCUGAAGCCCUACCCUGGAUGUUCAGGUAAAACCAUUUGUUAAUAGAUACACGAGUGAGCAAUUGUCACUCAAACCAUCCUAACAGAUGUCUUUUUAAUCAAACUGUUCAAAAGCCUAACCUUAAGGAUUGAAAGGGGUUUAUAUCAUUCACAUUCCUACAACAACAUUGUUAACCUCCAAUGUAAUGAUUUUUUGCUACCUGUAAAAUAUUUUUAUAUAUUGCCUGUACUAUGGUAGUUUAGCAAUAAAUGA